CGUCCAAAAUGUGCGUGGAUAAUAAUUUCGCACAACCAAAUGCAGCGCGAAGACCGCACAAUUGCACGCAGACACCACGGCCUAAGCGGCCGAACAAAAACAUACACGUCGUACGUAUGGCAGAGCAGUACGUAAUUUUUUGCCGUGUUUUCAACGGUGAACGGUCGUCCACUCGGGCACAGUGAUUGUCCGCAACUAGUCCGUUUCGGCUUGCCAUCGAGCGCAAUGGUACAGUAUCAGUGAGGAAGUCGUCGAGCACUUGCGGUAACUUUCGUCCCGGUCCCGUCCCAAUUCCGUAGUGUCGCAUCCGAAGUAGCGUAAAACCCUAAGGGCAAUCGUGUAAUGGUGGUGCGUAUUUUUACUUCCGCGUUGUACCAUCUGCCACCCACCAGAUCGUCCAGUGCGUGGCUGCUACUGCUGCUGGUAGUGGCCACCGUCGACCUCGGAACUGGCCCGUGGCUCGGUCAGGUGGACGGCGGUGCGGUCGGUUUGCGGGAGAAGCUGAGCGUCUACGAACAGCGGCUGUACAAACGGCAGAUCGAAGAAAGUGAAAACAGUGGCUUGUACGAUGCGACCGAUUCGGUAAUUUCGCUGACCGCGGCCAAUCUGAAACAGCGAGUAUUUAACCAGCCCCAUGCGUCGCUGGUCGAGUUUUACAACUCGUACUGUGGUUUCUGCCGUCGGUUCGCACCGAUCUGGAAGCAGCUGGCCACGGAUAUCCUUGGCUGGCAGACGCUGGUACGCGUGACUGCGCUGGAUUGCUCGCGAGAUGAUAAUAAUGCCGUCUGCCGGGAGUUCGAAGUAAUGGCCUAUCCGACGAUCCGGUUCUUUUCACCACACUAUACGGAUGGCGAACAAAAGAUAGGAAAACCAGUGAAAGAGCACGAUGAACAACGCAUUAUCGAUCGGUUGGUCAAAUACAUGGAGCGCGUCGAGGACAAACCGACCAACUGGCCAAAUCUUACUGCCCUCAACCGCACGGACGAUAAAGCGACCCUGUUCGAAGUCACCAUACCUGCUACAAGACCAAAGUACGUGUAUAUGAUAAACGAAAAGGACAAGAACGCGACAACCGGUUUGCAGGUGAUCCUAGACUUUCACGAUACACCGGGCGUGGUCGUUUACCGGGUGCACGAUCCAACCCUAGCCAGCAACGGUCUCUCGGUCGUGGAUGGUUCUUCGCUGAGCGUUAUCAACCUACCGAUUGAUGAGUUUUCCCGGGAGAAAGUACGCGAAGCGAUACGAACGCAUCUGCGCCAGCAUAACAUCGUCGUGACGGAUGUGUCGACAAAGUCAACCAAGAAAACCGGCGAAGGUGGUGCGCUAGGUACGACCGAACAAAACAUAUCGGCCAUAAUGGAACAAAAGCAGGAAGCGGCGAUACGCGCUAAGGUGAAGGAACUCGGGGCAGCCGUUGUAUAUCAGGCGGAUUUGGAGGAAGCGAUACGGUUUGCGCUGUUCCAUGAGAUUGGUCGAUUCAAAACAAUCGAGGGUGAUCGGUUGUUGGCGUUGCGAAAUUUCUUGAACGUGCUGGUACGCUACUUCCCGUUCAACGACAAUGGACGACGGUUCCUUACGGAACUGCGCCAGUACGUACUAAACACCGGUGAGGAACGACUCGAUGGUGAAGCGUUUCUCGCACGUGUGAAAGCGCUCGAAACGGAACGAAAGCCGGUGUUCUCCUCCAAUCACUGGAUAGGAUGCUCCGGUUCCAAAGAAGGAUUGCGUCGCUAUCCGUGCGGUUUGUGGACACUGUUUCACUAUCUAACGGUGCAGGCUGCCGAAAGUGAUCUGUCCAACAACCCGCUGGAGGUGUUGGAAGCGAUGCAUGGAUACAUUAAGCACUACUUCGGAUGCUCUGAGUGCUCGCAGCAUUUCCAGCAGAUGGCCGAUCGAAAUCGUAUCUGGCAGGUAGCGACAAAGGAUGACGCCGUACUCUGGCUUUGGUCUAGUCACAACGAAGUGAAUAAGCGUCUGGCGGGCGAUGCGACUCAAGAUCCGGAACACCCGAAAGUGCAAUUCCCAACCGCAACCGAUUGUACGCAGUGUAGACGGAAGAUUCUAACCAACCACCACAACCACAAGCAGUACACGAUGGAAGAUGGUAAUGAGUGGAACCUGACCGAGGUGCUGCUGUACCUGAAGCACAUGUACGCGUACGAUCGGCGCCACCUUUUCGGGCUGCAUGAUAGCAGCCUCGCGCCACAGGGUUCCGAAGGUCGAUCAGAAUGGAGUGGCGGAGUUGCGUCCGGUGCGCAAACGAGCUACCACUCGUACGGAAAUGUGCUCAGUGACAUCGACAUUCGCUUCAGUGCUCUGCUGUACGUAACGUGCAUCGUGAUGAUUGUAAUUGCGAUCAAGAUGGUCGUGAAACGAGGCUAUCGUAAGAAGAUGUACCCACACGAUAUACUGGGUAAGGUGUAAAAGUUAACUAGGAAGGAAAAACAAAAGACAUCAACCCCUUUCUGCACAACAUUCCGAGAGAACUCUUUCACGGUGCUCUGAACAGAAAGUGGAAGAUUAUACUAUUCCACGCAUCCUCUCGCUUGAGGACUAGUACUGACGAUUUCACGUAUUCGAUUUUAUCCUUUGCCAAAUGCCUGAAAAAGAAAGGUGUGUAUAAUGGAAACAGCUGAAGCGCCUAAAAGCCAUCUAGUUCAAACGGAGCUAACAAACCCUUUACGCUCUUCUUUUUAUUCUGACGUGCUCAUCCCACCCCUUAGGGAUGAAAUUAAAGUUAUACAGAUAAAUAAAUCCUCAUGAAACGCAAAA